AAUCGAUUUCCGGUGUAAAGCGUUAUGUCAACGUGCGUUUGCUAACCCCAGAAUCGAGAAUGCCAGUCAGUGAAAAUGAGACCACGAAGAUUUUCUUUGAAGAAGAGGAUCUUGCCUACGAAGAAGACAUCUUGCGUAAUCCUUUUUCAGUGAAGUGUUGGCUUCGCUAUAUUGAGUUCAAGAAGGAGGCUUCAAAAGAUGUCAUUAACACAAUUUAUGAGAGAGCCCUCAAACAGCUUCCAGGAAGUUACAAGCUAUGGUACAAUUACCUGAAGCUGGUACGUAAGCAGGUGCGUGGACGAUGUGUGACAGAUCCAGCAUAUGAGGAUGCUAACAGUGCACAUGAGAGGGCACUUGUUUUUAUGCACAAGAUGCCACGUAUCUGGAUAGACUAUGUGCAGUUUCUGAUGGACCAAGGAAAGAUCACUCGUACACGACGUACAUUUGAUCGUUCACUUAGAGCACUUCCAAUUACUCAACACAACCGUAUAUGGCCAUUGUACCUCAGGUUUGCUCGCAUGUAUGAUCUGCAAGAGACAGCAGUGCGCAUUUACAGGCGUCACCUUAAGUUGCAGAAAGAAAACACAGAGGAAUAUAUAGAAUACCUUAUCUCCAUUGGUUGGCUUGAUGAAGCUGCAAUGCGGCUUGCGGAUGUCAUCAAUGAUGAGAACUUUGUCUCCAAGGAGGGCAAAUCCAAACAUCAGUUGUGGAAUGAACUUUGCAAGUUGAUUGCUGAGAAUCCAAGCAAAGUCACGUCACUCAAUAUAGAGCCUAUCAUUCGACAAGGUUUGAAGAGGUACACAGAUCAGAUAGGCGUCCUUUGGAACUCUCUUGCAGACUACUAUAUCCGUGGGGGCCACUUUGAGAGGGCCCGUGACAUUUUUGAGGAAGCUAUUGAGACAGUUAUUACUGUCCGUGACUUCACCCAGGUUUUCGAUGCUUGUGCACAGUUUGAAAAAAAUAUUAUUGCUGCCAAAAUGGAAAGCAUGGAGGAGUCAGGAGCAUCAGAAGAAGAUGACCUGGAGUUAGAGUUGAGGCUGGCUCGUCUGGAAGCAUUAAUGGAUCGCCGCCCCUUGCUUCUCAACAGUGUUUUGCUACGCCAGAAUCCUCAUAAUGUUCAUGAGUGGCACAAGAGAGUUAAACUAUUUGAAGGAAAACCACAGGAGAUCAUCAACACCUAUACUGAAGCUGUGCAAACUGUCGAUCCCAAGCAGGCAUCUGGUAAGCCACAUACACUGUGGGUGGAAUUUGCCAAGUUUUAUGAGAACGCUGACCAAAUUGAAGACGCUCGACUGAUCUUCAGCAAGGCUGUACUGGUUGAAUACAAACAUGUGGAUGACUUGGCAUCAGUGUGGUGCGAGUGGGCAGAAAUGGAGCUUCGGCAUGAGAAUGACCAGGAGGCAUUAAAGCUGAUGCAGAAGGCAACCACUCCUCCUCCUCGCAAAGUGGCCUAUCAUGAUGAGACAGAAGCAGUGCAAGCAAGAGUUCACAAAUCCCUGAAGGUGUGGUCUUUGUAUGCUGAUCUGGAGGAAAGUUUUGGAACAUUCAAGUCCUGCAAAGCAGUGUACGACCGCAUCCUUGACCUUCGUAUAGCCACGCCACAAAUCAUCAUCAACUAUGGCAUGUUCUUAGAAGAAAAUAACUACUAUGAAGAUGCCUUCAGGGCAUAUGAAAGGGGGAUUGCUUUGUUCAAGUGGCCAAAUGUCUUUGACAUCUGGAAUACAUAUCUCACCAAGUUUAUUAACAGAUAUGGUGGAUCCAAGCUGGAACGAGCAAGGGACUUGUUUGAGCAGUGUCUGGAUGCAUGUCCUGAAAAAUUUGCUAAAGCUGUCUAUCUGCUCUAUGCAAAACUGGAGGAGGAGCAUGGACUAGCUCGGCAUGCUAUGGCUGUAUAUGACAGGGCCACCAGGGCUGUGCUACCUGAGGAACAAUAUGAGAUGUUCAACAUCUACCUCAAGAGAGCUGCUGAAAUAUAUGGCAUAACGCACACAAGGGCGAUAUAUGAAAAGGCUCUGGAAGUUCUUCCCAAUGAUCCAGCAAGGGAAAUGUGCUUGAGAUUUGCUGACAUGGAGAAAAAGUUGGGCGAGAUUGAUCGAGCACGUGCAAUUUAUGCUCAUGGAUCACAGAUCAGUGAUCCAAGGGUGGCCCCUCAAUUUUGGGAGGCAUGGAAAGAAUUUGAGAUCAACCAUGGGAACGAAGACACUGUUCGUGAAAUGCUUCGUAUCAAACGUAGUGUGCAGGCUACCUACAAUACACAGGUGAACUUUAUGUCGGCUCAAAUGUUGGCUGCAACAGCAAAGAAGGAUGCUGCUGCAACUGCAGGUGGUACUGGUCCUGCAGGAGGCACAGAACCUAACACCAUGCAGCAACUUGAGGCACGGGCCAGGCAGCUGGCUGAAGAGUCUCUCAGAGAGAAGGCAGCUGCAGAGAAGAAACUGCUUUUCGUCAGGAGCACCACCACUGAUGAAGAACUUGGUGAACUGACCAAGACUCAUAAUCCAGAAGAAAUCAACAUUGAUGAAGACAGUGAUGAUGAUGAACAAGUUGAGGAAAUGGAAGUGACUCAACAGCCUGUGCCUUCUAAGGUAUUUGGAGGGCUAAAGCAAGAUGAUGAUGACAGUGACUGAAAGGCCAGGGCUUCUGUAGUUCUUAUGUCACAUGAUAAUGCAUCGUAACAAAACAUUGACUUCAGUGGCUGUGCACACAAUUAAAAUAUUCUGUCAUCACAAUGACAUUCUGGAUGUUUUUAUAACAGUGGAAAUUCAUUAUUCAUAUGUGUAUGUGUAGAAGAAAGGGGGAGUGGGGACAGGGAUGAAAGUUGGUAGUCUGACAUUGUUUAAACAAAUUUUAGUGUUUAUACUUAUGGCAUCCACGCCAACACUGGCUUUCUCAAAUAAAUUUAAUAAAUUUACAAAAAACAACGAUAAAACAGAGGAAAUAGUAUUCCAUUUAAAAAUAUUAUGCAAAAUAAAUUAUUUAGUUGAGAAAAUGUGUUCUUCAGGUGACUGCUUGGAACUUUUACUGUACUUGCACAUACUAUGUCUGCAGAUAUUAAAGAAAAUGUUUUCAUA